AUGCUGUAUGGACCACCACAAAUGUGUUGUCCACCGGCCAACGGUGUGAGCACGAUGGGAACCCUUCAGACCCGUCUUGGUGCAUAUACUUCCGGAAUCGUAUCGUGGCCCGCUCACAGCCAUACCUUUCGACUUUUUUACGUCUCUCUUAGGAAGGAGAGGUUCUUUUUGGGUACCGUAGAGGCAAGUUCCUUAGACUUCCCCAUCUCGCUCCAGCAAAGAAAUUGCUAUCGAACCCUGGCCUCUAGGUCCCAGAUCGAUGAUCCCGCCAGAAAAUAG